AUGAAGAGUUUCCUAAUAGCUUCCUUCAUUGGAUUUCAAUUCAAUCCUGCCGAUGUGCUUGUGUCCUAUCCUAGCUCUCCCUGCCAGAACGGAGGAACCUGCAUUGAUGACAAUGGUUUUGCACCUCACGCCUCCUGCCUCUGCCCUCCUGGUUUCGCCGGCAACUUCUGCGAAAUCGAUAGAGACGACUGCGAGUCCAACCCGUGUGAAAACGGAGGGACGUGUACAGAUAUUGGCAUGGGUUUCAGCUGUUUUUGUCCCCAUGGCUAUACGGGAAAGCUCUGCAGCAACCGGGUCGUAUUCUGUGCGAGCGGCCCCUGUGAGAAUGGGGGGACGUGCAGUGAACUCCCCCAGGGAGGAUUCGAGUGCCGCUGUAAACCAGAAUUUGUUGGUGUGACUUGCAGACACCCCAGCAGAAACACAAACCUCUCCGGAGUGAACGUGGAGACAAAGCAUGUGCAGAGUUACAAAGCAUCCCCAAAAGCUCACCACAGGGCAGUGCACCAUCAGCAAGAGAUCCUGAAAAUAACCAUGAAGGAAACGAUCCAAAGUGCGGAUCCCCUGCUCAGUCGAAGCCAGGUGAUUUGGUUCGUUGUGCUGGGCUUGCUGACCUGUCUCGUCGUCUUGGGUACAACUGGGAUUGUCUUUUUUUCAAAAUGUGAGAUGUGGCUUGCGAAUGCCAAAUACAGCCAUCUCCUCCGCAAGAAAAAGAACUUCUUUCUGAAGUCUAACAACGGGGAAAACCUCUCAGUUAAUAUUAUCUUCCCAGAGAAGAUCAAAUUGACUAAUUACACUAAGAACUACACUGCCAUCUAGGCCCUUGAAAGGCGAGCAGCAACUUGAGACUUUUCAUAGCAAUAUGUAAAAUAAAUGGAAUUUAUUGCCUGCGCUUGGCCUCAGUAUUUGUGGGUACAUUUGCUGUAGUUUAUGAGUGAUAAUGAAGAUAUAUAAUGUAUCUGUAUUGCUAAGGAUGUUUUUUCAUUCCCAAAGUAAAAGGUCA